AUGGAGGAUGAGCCAGUAAGACCACUUGUUCCAAGACCGAGAGGAUUGCAGCCACCUACUUAUCCAUCCACUCCGGUUCUACCAUCACCAACGACUCCCCGGUCGAUAUUGAAGACAAGUGACUCGACAGCCGCACCUAGAUCAGAGGCAUCUACAUCCACCUCACAUUCGAGCACCUCAAGCUCGCCAUCGAAAUUGGAGCGGCAGAAAAUCGCAAAGCUCGAACGAAAUGAUCCUAUGAGGGUGACACCAGUAAACAAGGUUAAAGAAGGUGCAUUCUUUGCAUUCGUGCUUCUGCCACUGAGUUGUUGGUACACACGAGGAGGAAAACGGUUGAAGGAUCUGGACGAUUUCGAUGAUGAGCCAUUCAGACCUAGGCCGAGUCAGCAACUGGCCAGAAGGAGCAGUGUGUCUGCUACCCCUAGUAUGCAGUUGCAAAGGAGGAGUAGUGUGUCUGUGUCGAUGCCGAUGCAGAGUCCGGGUCCAGGAAGGUGGUGA